AUGAGGGCAUUUUCGGAAUUCUAUGAGAAGGGAAGAAAUUUAAUCCCUAAAUCCCAUCGAUACGCAAAGGGAAGAGAUUUAAUUCAGGUUGUGAUUAUGGAUUCUUCUAAUGCAUCAAAUUCAAAUGCCACAAACACUACCUGUGAUUCAUUGCCCUCUUCUUCGGCUACUCAAACUAAAGAUCCAGCAUGGGAAUGGGGUGAACGCCAAGACCUAGCAAAUCAAAAUAUUAUUACUUUUUUGUUAUGUAAGAAAUUAAUUCGUGGUGGUGGAAUCACUAGGCUUAAGGAGCAUCUUUUACAUAUUAAAGGGAAUGUUUCUUCAUGUCCAAAUGUGUCCAUUGACAUUAUGAACAAAGUUAGUCUGGUGUAUUCUGUAAAGAGGACCAAAAAAUCUCAUAGGGAUAACAUUGAUUUGGCGUAUCGGCGUGCAAACAACUCAAAUGAAGGCUCUGAUGCUGAUACCGAUGUUGAAGAACAAAAAGUUGAAAUUGAUGGCAAUAUGGGCAGUCGUGGUGCUAGUGCUGGUGUGGGUGCUAGUCAACUAGUUUCUCAGAAUCAGACAAAGAGAAAGAGGAUAAGCCAAAGUAAUAGUAGAGGUCCAAUUGAUUUAUAUAUGAAGACAGACCACCAAAAAACUCAACAGGCCACUCUUGAAAGAGACUCAGCUGUGAAAGAGAAGUUAAUGAAGACUGCAUGGAAAUGCAUUUCAGCUUGGAUGACUGAGAAUUCAGUAUCAUUUAACACUGUUCGUUGCCCAAGUUUCAAAGAAAUGAUAUAUGCAAUAGGCGACUAUGGGAAAGCUAUGCCCCCACCAUCUUACCAUCAGAUUCGUACGAAUCUUUUCAAGGACCGGUUAGUAGAAAUGAAGAAAUUUGUUGAUACAUUUAGGGAACAUUGGAAGAGGUUUGGAUGUUCUAUCAUGUCUGAUGGCUGGACAGAUGGGAAAAAGCGACAUCUUAUUAACUUUUUGGAGGUAAUUAACGAUGUUGGGGAAGAAAAUAUAGUUCAGUUCAUUACCGAUAAUGGUUCAAAUUUUAAAAAGGCAGGGAAAGAUUUAAUGCUUGAAUACCCAAAUAUGUUUUGGACUCCUUGUGGUGCUCAUUGUGUUCAGUUGAUGCUAGAAGAACUUGGUGACAAGCUUCCACGAAUCAAGACAGCCGUCAUUCUAGGUAAGAGACUCGUUACAUAUAUUUAUGCUCAUUUUCAAGUAUUAAGCUUAAUGAGGGAGAUGAUCGGUGGUGAAUUACAUAGGUCUACAAAGACUAGAUUUGCAACUCAGUACUACACACUAGAAAGUCUUGCAAAGUAUAAAACCCAUUUGCAAAUAAUGUUUGUGAAUGAUAAGUGGUUGAAAAUGAGGUUUGCAAAAGAAACUAUGGGAAUUAAUGUACUUAAAAUUGUCACAAGCGGUACAUUUUGGGAAGAUGUUGAUUAUUCUUGUAGAGUGCUAAAGCCUUUGGUUAAGGUUGUAAGGUUAGUGGAUAUCGAGCGCAAACCUACAAUGCCUUGUUUUUAUGAAGCAAUGAGGAUAGCAAGGGAGAAACUCGAGGAGAAUUUCAGUCAAGAUGAUAGUACUUGGGAUGUAAUUAAGGCUAUCUUUGAUAAAAGAUGGAAGAAUAACUUCAAUCAUGCUCUACAUUGUGCUGCAUAUUAUUUAAAUCCUUCCAUAUUCUACAAAGUCCCUGCUCAUCUAAUGGAUAAUGAUCUUAAGUACAUAGAAAUAAAAAGGGGACUUCAUACAGCAAUGCAAAGGCUUAUUCCCAAUGAAGAAGAUCUUGAGAAAGCUACAACUGAAUUGAGAGACUACAGUGAUGCUAACGGGAUCUUGGGAACUACGGUUUGCAAAAAAAGAAGAUAUAAAGAUCAACCUCAUGAUUGGUGGAUUACAUAUGGAGGAAUCGAUACCCCAAACCUACAAAAAUUUGCAAUAAGGGUAUUGAGUCUUACUUGUUCUGCUUCCCCGUGUGAGCGAAACUGGAGCACAUUUCAGAAUUUGCAUUCAAAGAAGCGAAAUCGCAUAAAGCAACAAAAAUUGAAUGAUAGCGUCUUUAUUCAAUACAACAAGAAAUUGGAACGUCGAUACAAAGAAAUCAGUCAAUAUAAUGAUGAUCCGAAAGCUCAUGAUCCCAUUUUUCUGGAUGAGCGUGAUGACAAUGAUGAAUGGUUGGCUUUAGAGAAUUUGGAUGACUUGGUUGUACAAGGAGAUAAUGUUAUUUUGGAUGAUUUGCAAGAUAUUGUUGGUGAAAAAGGUAUGCCAGUUGUUGGUAAAAGUGCUUGUAUCUCCCGACGCAAAUCUACUUAUCCAACUGACUCUGAAUAUAGUGGAUAUGAUACUGAUGACUUGAUGUUGGACUCUAAUUAUGGACUACUUGGUGGAGAUGAUGGAGCUACGGAAGAUUAUGAUAUCUAUGAUGAAUCGAAUGAUUUUGAUUAAAAUUGUAAUGUCCAUGUUUAAUUAUGUUUCCAGAUUGUGAACUUUAAAGUUGUGAAU